UGUUUAGGGGGAAGGAUCCCCUGCUUUACAAGUUAUCCCUUGGAGCCAAGGUGAAUUCCAUUCAAAUUCUCUGUAAUGCCGCCUUCGCCACUUUCAUUGAAGCUUUACGUUAACUGCCGCCACAAGUCUCUCUGUUCAUUUUUUCCCCUUAAUUGGAUAUAUAAAUCUUCAAAAGGCCACUGUUCAUUGGACAUAACAAUCCAUUUGCGCCCAAUUUGUCGGUUUCAGCCAAUUCUACACCUAACCCACAUACUUAUUUAACUAAAUCUGCAAGAGGCCUCUGUUUAUUCGACACACAAAUCCAUAUGCGUCCAAUUCCCCGGUUUCAGCCAAUUCUACACCCAACCCACAUACUUAUUUAACUCGUGCUGCUUGCACGACUUUCAUUCAAGCUUACGUAAACUGACGCCACAAGUCACACUGUAUUCAAUUCGUCUCCCUUUCUUUGCAUUUGGAAAUCAUUAAGAGGGCUCUGUCAAUUGGGCACAAAUCCGUAUACGCUCAGUCGACCCAGUUUCAGCCAAUUCUACACCCAACCCACAUAUUUAAUCGAUCCACAUUCCAUUUGGGCACUCUCAGAUUUUUCAAUGGACAAAGUCUGCUCACAACCCAGAUGUACAGAGCACGAGGGCUGGAGCCGCCUGAAUCCAGAUACAACAGAGUUUAUACUCUCUUGUCUGCCUAUAUCAUCCAUAAUCAGCUGCUGCACAGUCUGCAAACAGUGGUAUGCGAUUGCAACUGAGCCUUCCUUUGGAGCACGCCUCAGAGACCAUAAAAAGCCCUGGUUUUUUCUUUACGGCCAAAACAACAUAUUCUUGAAGAACAACCAGGCCUUUGGCUUCGAUCCAGAAGCCCAUAAGUGGAUCCGUUUGCCUGUAUCUUCGUUUCCAGAAUCGUGCGCGGGAGAUUCCCUUGCAGGUUCAGGAGGGUUUUUGUUCGCUACAACUGGGUCAGAUUGUUCAAGAUUCUGUUAUGCGCCUGUAUUUGCUGCCUCAUGGAAGGAAACUGCUCCUAUGAGAUUCUCGCGCAGGCAGCCGCUGGUUGGAGUGUUCAAUGUGAAGAAAAAUUAUGGCUUCAUUGUAGUGGGAGGUUCACGGUUUGUGGGUGGCCUGGUGGAUAUAGAGGACAGGCUUGCUGUUGAGAUUUAUGAUUCGGGUACUGAUGAAUGGGAGCUCUGUGCUCCCUUGCCUGCGGAAUUUAGGUCAGGGAAUUCGUCACAGUGGCUGACAUCUGCGCUAUUGAAUGGCAAGUUUUAUGUGUUCGGGAUAUUUUCUGGUUUUAUGUCAGCCUUUGAUUUGGAGCUCAGGUCAUGGGACAUGGUAAGGAUUUUGAGGCCAGCAGGUAUUUUGUUUUCGUUUCUCAUUCCCUGCCAGGGUAGGCUGAUCCUAGCUGGCCUGAAGAACACUGCUGAUGGCCCGGGGUUUGAUCUGUGGAAAAUUGACGAAGAAACAAUGGGCCUUUGUGAAGUGGGUUCCAUGCCCAAGGAGCUCUUGUAUUCUUUGUUUGACAAUGAUGAGGAGGACAAGUUUGCAAGUUUGAAGUGUGUGGGAUUGGGGAGUUUGAUCUAUGUUUUUAAUGAGGAACACCAUAAGAUGUAUCCAGCCUGUGUUUGUGAGGUUUCAGAAAGAUUGGAGUGUAGGUGGAUGAAAAUUCCGCCACUGCCUGUGCCUGUGAAUAGGUUUCACAGGGUUAUUAGCUUCUGUUCUAUAGCUGCAGUGGAUAGCAUUCUUGGUCGAAAGUACCCAAUGUUGUGGGGUAAUGAAGCACUGAGUUUAAAAUCGUCGUUGGUUGAAAGUGGUUUCGGUGCAGAACGUGGUUAUUCUUCUGAGCAGCUUCUGGCCAUUGUAUGCUUAAGAUCCUGAAAAAGAGCUUAUGUAGAUUAUCUCAUAAAUUUCAGGAGCUCUUUGCCAUGAAUCGGUCUCAUGUAUUAUAUUACGAGCUCCAUUAACUGUAGUAUGGAGGCAAACCCACUGCGGGCACACUGCACCUAGUUUCCCUGGUCAGGUGAUCCCAUGAAAUUUAUAAUUGUAAUCAUAAUUACUUUUGGCAGCAGACUUUGAGCGGUUUGGGGAAGGAGGGGCUGGAACUUUGCAGAUUUGAUUGAAAUAAUUUAGAAAUCAUAUAUGAUCAAAUGCCAACUUCUUGAUGGUGAUUUGUUUCCGGAUUUCUCUCACUGGAAUCUGGGAAUAAAUUGAACAUAGGUUCAAAGAGUAGAAGUUUCAUGUUUCAUAAGACAAAUGUGCUGUAUGCUACAGCUAUUUUUUCGCAACGUUAUCUGAGAAAGUUGCCGUAACCUUCAUCCAUGAAACCAUUGCCAAUGUUGCAUUCACUAAUCAGAAAUGCGAUUGGAAAAUGAAAGCAUUGCUAUGUGGCAAUAAAAUCUCUUGAGCAGGUGAAGCAUACCUUUUGGCUUCCUCCCUUUUGCAGCAGCUACUUUUCCUCCAAAACAGUAAAUGCUCCUAAUUCAAUAGAGGGAGUUUUAUGUUUAGCAUUUCCAGAAUUUAGCACCUUUCAUGGGAUCAUCUGGGAAUUUAAAAAUGGGAUCUCUCAUCCUCUCCAUGGAAACCCUCUCCGAACUUUGUAAAAAGUUGUUUUUGGCUUUAUGCAUAUCAUGUUUACUAAUAGAAGUAGAACAGAUGAUGUCCUACAGUUUUCAUGCAGUUUGUCCUGGAAGUAAUAAGAGAUUUUAAGUCUAUUGAUGACAUUGUUGCAACAUGAAGUAUGAAAGCUCCCAAUUGAGAUUUGAUAUGGUCUUUGAUCAUGUAUUUAGCAUUUUCAGUUUUGGAAGCAUAGUGUGGUAGUUUCUACAUCCAUAUAUGUAGAUCUGAUUCCAAUUGGUUGUCUCCUUUUAUUGCAUUGUGCACUUUUCAACUGCUAGUGCAGCAGGGGUACACAAAAUUGAUUAUGUAUUUCAGUCAGAGUCACAUAAUAGAAGCUUCCUGUAGAAUAAUUAUAGAAAAAUAUGUACAAAUAUUCUUUGUAACGUACGCACAACUUUUCAGAGAAGAGAUAAAAUCACAGAGCUUUUACAGUCUC